CGGUGCCAGUCGCGUUCCUGCAUACACCACGGCAGACAACGGGUACCAUUAUAAUAAUAUUAUUGUCGUUUCGUCCUGCUCCCGGCGAGCGAUUGGGUUCCUAAUUCGAUAAAAUAUUAUCGUUUAUUAAAAAUAUUAUUUUUAUAGUUUUGUGCCGCAAACAGUAUUAUUAUAUUAUCUUUGCGGCUGAGGGUCGAGUGCGUGCGUCCGUUUUUCCCCCGUGAUUUCCUACCGCGACUCGUUAGCGUCUUUUCCGCCGUUACACCACACACACCGACACCUUCGAAGUCGCCGGUGGUGCGCGUACUCGUCAGCCAGCCGUUGGUCCUUCAGAUGUGCACCGCUGUAGAGUGACAACGACGAUGACAAUGGCGCAAGAACGCAAAAAUAGCGGUCAAAACUUAGAGAUGCAAGAUAAACCCGACGGUGGCGGUUGCCUGUCAGCGACCGACGAAGAACGCGAACCCUGUCUGAAGGCAUCCGCCGACCCGUCGCCGACGACCGUAAAAAACAACGGCACCAUAACCGCGACACCGCCGUCCGCCGACAACAACAACGGCACCAGCAACGGAAAGUUCCACCCGCUCGCCGCCGCCACUAGCCUGGAGCAGAAGCUCCGGGACAAGACCGGCUUCUCCAGAACGGGACUGGCCGUGGCUGUGGCCGCGGCCCUCCUGUGCGUCGUGCUGUUCGUCACGCUGGUCGUGCUCCUCAUCCUGUGGCCGGCACCGCCGCGUCACUUCCCGGUAUGCCGGAGAGCUGCCUGUCUCCGAGCUUCAGCUGAGGUUCUACCCAAAAUUAACUUUACUCAACAGCCGUGCGAAAAUUUUAGAGAAUACUCUUGUGGAGGAUGGCUGCAAACCAACGACUUGCCGGCAUACAUGAGUUCGUGGAGUUUGAAAAAACGCAUUCAACAAGAUCAAAAAAUAAAGAUUAGGAACAUGGUUGUUACGCUGAGAAACGUUGCCAGUUCCACCUCGUUGAACUGGAAGAUGAAGCAUUUCUACGAAUCGUGCAUGAACCUGGACAAUAUUGAAACAGAUGAAGGAAAACCUUUAAAGAAGAUUAUUAGUACAAUCCUAGGCGGUUGGCAUGUAUUAAAAGAUUUUAACGUUCAUGAGUGGGACGUGACUAGUACCAUUGUACAAUUGCACUCCAAAUACAACGUGAGUCCGUUUUUCAAGAUAGACGUUGUUCCAGACGAUAAGGUUUCAGGCCAAAACAUAAUUCAGAUAUCUCCAGCAGGACUAGGGUUACCCGACCGAAGAUAUUACUAUAGACAGCAAGAAAACAGAAUUGUGACCGCGUACAAACAGUACAUGGUGGACGUAUCGCAAUUACUGGGCGCUACCAGUGGUGACGCAUCGAUAUUCAGCAACGACAUGUUCCACUACGAGAAACGUAUUGCGGAAAUAACGCCAGCUAGCAAACAAGAGGAUCCAUUUAAUUCUCACCGACGAUUCAAGUUGUCGAAACUGAAAGAAAUCGCUGGAAUGAUCCCACUUUUAGACAUUUUGCAAUCAAAGUUUCCAGAAAGUAACAUUGGUGACGACACGUUCGUUUCGGUUGUGUCGCCGACUUAUUUCAGUAACUUAUCUAAUCUGAUAUCAUCGUCAGACCGCAGUGGACUAAACGACUAUUUCAUGUGGAAAAUGGCUGAAGCUUAUGUCCCAUAUUUGUCAGUGAAGUUUAGGGAAAUUGUCAAAAUUUACACAGCCGAACUUACUGGCGAGAAAGAUUUGCCGCCUAGAUGGGAGAUUUGCGUUUCUCUGUUGCAAAAGUUUAUGGGAUUCGGUAUAACCGCUACCCUGGAACCGAAUGUCGAAAAAAAAGCUGACGUUGUAGCCGUAGUGAAAGACGUUUUUGAGAACAUUAAAGAGUCAGUCAUAUCAAACGUUAAUAAAAACCAAGACUUAGGACCCGAAUUGAGUGAUCACGUUUUAAACAAGUUGAACUCAUUGACUGUACAAAUCGGGUUACCAGAAAAUAUGCUCCAAGAGAACUACGUAAAUCAAUUCUAUAACCAGUUGCCCAUUCAAAAGCUCGACUUUUUCCAAAACGUAAAUUACGCCAUAUCAUUCAUUAAAGAUUAUUCGCAGAUCAAACUCAAAUCCAAGAAAGAAGAAUAUGGAUGGUUGGAUGACUUGGUGUCUGAAGAUCCAAAAGUCACAUACAACGUAGCCAGUAACAAAGUAAUCGUUCCACUGUCGUUGCUGUCGCCACCUUAUUUCGAGACCGGUUAUCCCGAGGCCUUGUUGUAUGGAGGUUUGGGUGUAGAAAUCAGCUCAGCCAUUCUGUCCAGUGUGUAUCCACCGGGAGUGGCUCACGGUACUGACGGUGUAUUGUUACAAGCCCACUCGGCGGCCGUCAACCGAAGUAUCGGCGCCACCAUUGAGGCCCGCUCUUGCUUUAGUCAAUUCCUAAAGGAGCAACAGGUGGAGUUCGCUAACAACACAGUGCUGACAGCCAUGUUAUCAGUAUCGAGUGUCCGGUUUGCCCUGCAGAGCUUAACGAAAAAAACUCAAACUGAACCGCAUUACCAUCAACCAGCCAUGGAGUCCUAUGAAUACGACGCUCUGUUCUUCAUAGGAUAUGCACAAUCUCUGUGCACAAUCAAAUCUCCACAACAACAAGAUUUGGACACCAUGUACGACUUGAUGUCUGACGAAUCUCUUUUAUUAAAAACGAUAUCUGAACAUUCGGAAUCAUUCAAAAGCGCGUUCAACUGCAUGGGGAAACCAACGAAAACAUGCAAAUACAUCUACUAAUUGUUGAUGUUGUAAAACUGUAAUAUUAUUACAUCUGAGUGCAUCCGGGUUCCCAGAAAUUAUGCACCCAACAACGAGUAUUCGAACGUUUUUUUAGUGACUUAUUUCUCGUUCAUUAUCAUUAUUAUUAUUAUUAUUUUAAUUAUCGAUAUAAUUUAUUAUUAUUAACUAUUAUUAUUAUUAUUUUUACUAUAACUAUUGUUGUUUACGAUAAGAUUUGCGCAAAUUGACCAUGACAUCAUUUUUGGAUGGAGAGUUCAUCGCCAAUACUUAUUAUAUAUAUCAUAAGUAUUUUUAUGUAUUCUAAAAUCACAUUUGCGCACACGUGUAUCAAACAGUGUUGAUGUUUUAAGUUUUAACAUUGAUGACUUUUUGACAUAUAUCAUGCAAGUGUGCUGUAAAGACUGGAAAUGUGUGUGUUUUUGUUUUCAUUUUUUUUCUUAGUGUUCAAUUAUCUAUUUUUACGGCGGGUCUUUGAUGUCAAGAUAAUUUUAUCAUUGUAGUUAGUUUUACGAAUUCACACACAGGGUAUUUAAAAAAAAAGUCAGUAGAAAAUUUCGCAUUUUUCUCUAUUUGUCAAACCCAUUGUACAUAAAUUAUACACAUACUUUCAAUUUAA